UAGACGGUGCGCAUAUCAACGAGGACGUAAUGACUAACGUAGUGCCCUUGUGUUCGUUUGGCGUCGAGUUGGGAUACAGCGUAAAAAGUACUGUUGUGGUAACUGUAGAUGUACAGUACAGAGGUAGUCUAGCUUGUUAGCAUGUUUUAGGUCGUCAGAGCUCAACUAACUAACCAACUAACUAACUAACUAACUAGCUAGAAAAAGGUAAUGUUUCGAAAAACAGUUUGGAGAAAAUCAGCCAGCGAAGCUGUAAAUUGGCACCAAGACGAGUCCCUCAACACGACCAUUUUAAUCCUGAGAGAAUUUGGACCGACUGGGUUCCUUCUCAAAGAGGACACAGAACCCAAAAACUACAAAGUGUUCUUAGGUGAUCCUCAUACCUGCACUUGUGGAACGUUCCAGAAAGAGAAGGACCUCUGCAAACACAUUUGCUGGGUUUUGAUGCGCAAAUUUAGGCUACCAAGAGAUCAUGAAUAUUGUUUCCAGCUAGGUCUGGUAGAGCGACAGAUAAUGGAGGUGUUACAGCAUCCGUACAGGGUGGCCAUCACUCCAUCAGCCCCUGCACAGCUUCAAUCUAGUAAGGAAGACGAUGGUACAAUUAAGCAGAAAAGUAUUAGGGAUGAUGAUAUCUGUCCCAUCUGUCAAGAAGAAAUGCUUAGGAAAAGACUUCCAGUGGCACAUUGCAGGUUUGGGUGCGGAAACAACGUUCACAUCUCCUGCAUGAAAGUGUGGGCUGACUAUCAGAAGGGGUCAGAGACAGACGGCAUGGUGAAGUGUCCACUGUGCAGGGAGAAUUUCAGCACCAUGAAGAUGUUGCUGGAGCUGGUGAAAAAUGCAGGACAGUUUUGCACCUCGUCAGAGAGAGAGCGUCUGGAGAAACACCUGGGGAUCCCGUGUAACAACUGCAGAGUCUGUCCUGUUGUUGGAAAAUGUUUUAAGUGCACUGUGUGCAGUUAUUACCACUUGUGUGAGGAUUGCUUUAAGACAAGUUGUCAUCCUCAACACAGCUUUGCUGUGAGAACGAAAAGAAACCAGUCAUGGCAACUAAUGACGGAGAGCAAGAAAAGCUUAACUGACGAUCAAGAGAUGUACCCUAACACUGAAACUGGUGUCAUAUCAGACGUGGCUCCAGGGUACGUUUUAAGGAUUUUCCCAUUAACAAAGGUUCACCCAAGUUCUCGACUUCUGGAAAAGGGAAUACAGUGUCGACUUUGCCUUGAGAGCUUCCAUGUUGGUCAGCAGAUUAAAACUCUUCCCUGUCGACACAAGUUUCAUUUUGACUGUAUCAAGACGUGGUUACAAGAGUCCAUCUGCUGCCCGGUGGACUGGCAUGUCAUCUACAACCCUCUCACAUGGAGUGGUAAUGACAAGAAGGCAAUUUGUACAGCACCUCAUACACUCGGUGCCAAGAUCGACCUUAUCCAUCAACAGAAGACAGAGUUGUUUGUACCUGGUAUUAGCUUGCAGAGCAAAGAAAGAUCUGAUGUACUUAAAGCAGCUCCUAAACCUCCUGAUUCACUUGAAUUUAUCGUCAAGAACACGCUCUGCAUCGACAGCCCACAGGGUGCAACGGGAUCCCAAUCCAGUUCUCUGCAGAGGAAUUUAUCUUUGGAACAAGCUCCAGUCUUGGCUUCUAAAAAGAGGAUAAGUGUAAAGACAUCCCGUUCAAGCUUGUCCUUGUCUCCUGUGGUUAAGAGGUUGGAAGGGUCUAUGGGAACCCAACAGAGCUUGUUUACGGGUUUCAGUAAUCAUGACAAUAAAGCCCAACGCAAGUUAAACUCUGUUCGUGGGAGUAGCAGACCGUUGGGGUUGAAGGUUGAUGGUGUGAGUGUACGAGCAUGGUCGAGCAGCGGAAAUCAAAGCAAUCUGGAAUUGCGGCCAACAAGUUUACCUAUCAGUGGUAAACAAGAAAGGAACUAAUCAUGUUUUUUUCCUUUCUUUUACAUUAAACAUUCCAGCGGUUUUAAACAUCUGAAAUGCAGCUUUUAAAUACA